CACCCUCCAGGAUAUCCAGUACACCACUCCCAGCCCCAGCUUUGGCAUCAAGCCGGGAGGCGACCUCAAGGCAGUCAGCCCCAACUUCGACCUGUCCUGCCCUAAAUUCUCCAAUGAAACCUCAACCUCGAGCAGCAACAGCAUGGCAACACCAACGAGCGGUAGCACUUGGAGCACGAGUCGAAGCACUACAGCGACCGCAUCAAGUAGUCAAACAAGUGCUAGCGGUUCAAUCUUUCCUACUCUAACUCUGCGGCCGAUGAGCAGUGUUUUUGUAUGGCCCACGCCCAGACCCUCGUUAGCGGUCAACACCCCGACCAUCAAAAGUCCAGCCAUCAACGGUCCUGCGUCUACGCCCGGAUCCAUGUUUCCUGGAUUCCCUCAGCUAGAUCAACCCAGAGGCCUUACGCCUCCAUUCAUAGCACCUAAUCUAAUUGUGCCGAUCGACUCGUCGGACCCAAGCAAAGUCAUUGGGGACUCUUAUACUGCUCAAGUCUCGCCAACGCGCUCGACCCUAUUCGUGUUUUAUGUUGCCCCGUCGUCUGCCAACACGUGCAAUCUCGUUUUCGCUAUUCCUCCUGCUUUCGACCCUACUUACAUUGCGCCGAUGCAAAUCAACUCACCUGGAGGCAUCUCGAUCUCGCUUCUUGACAAGCCAGCAACUGUCAGGACAAGUGCGAGUUCGGCUGCCGGCGGAACGACUGUGGGUGCGGUGCCUGCACUACAACCAGGGAACAAGUACACGAUUGCAAGUGCGCCAUACGAGGCGGGACAGCAAGUUAGUUACAAGGCUGACUCACUGAAUGGGCUGGAUCUCAGCUUCUUUCAGAUGACGUCGCCGGCCCUGGGUUUGUUUAUAGAGACAACUUGAAGUUUGUGGGUGCGGUUUGCAUGGCUUGGAUUUUGUUCUCUCAUAGUGGUAUUCGUCUUAGAGUUUGAUCGCUGCUGAUGUAAUG